AUGCAAAAGGCGCUUCUGGCGCUUAGUCUCGUCGCCGUGGGCGCGGAUGCUGCUGCAGUGCGCUUGGAGAAUGGAGCGAGUGCAUUCGAUUACAAGAACCAGAAAGUCCUUGGGGUCAACCUUGGUGGUUGGCUGGUGACCGAGCCAUGGAUCACACCUUCAAUUUACGAUAACGCUGGGAGUGCAGCUGUUGACGAAUGGACCUUGACUCAGAGCUUAGGCAGGAGUGAAGCCCAGUCCCGGCUUUCUGCUCACUGGAGCACGUUCAUCACGCAGGAUGACUUCAACCGAAUCGCCCAGGCUGGUCUCAACCACGUCCGGAUUCCUAUCGGCUACUGGGCCCUUGCGCCCAUUGAAGGCGAGCCUUACGUGUAUGGCCAACUAGAAUACCUUGACAAAGCCAUCACCUGGGCCCGAAGUGCCAAUCUCAAGGUCAUUCUCGAUCUGCAUGGCGCGCCGGGAUCCCAGAACGGGUUCGACAACAGCGGCUGUAAGGGCCCCGUGCACUGGCAGCAAGGGUCGACGGUGAACCAGACCCUGGUCGCAUUCAACGAGCUCGCCAAGCGCUACCUGCAGCAGUCGGACGUAGUCACGGCGAUCGAGGCGCUCAACGAGCCCAGCGUGCCGGGCGGGGUCAACCAGGACGGCCUCAAGCAGUACUAUUACAGCACGCUGGCGACGGUGCAGAGAACCAACCCAAACACGGCGCUCUGCCUGCACGACGGCUUCCUGGCCGUGGACUCGUGGAACGGCUUCAUGCAGAGCUCCAACGUCGUGAUGGACACGCACCACUACCACGUCUUCGACACGGGCCUCUUGGCCAUGGACAUCGACGCCCACGUCAAGACCGCCUGCGCCUUCGCCAACCAGCACCUGGUCACGACCGAUAAGCCCGCCCUCGUCGGCGAGUGGACCGGCGCCCUCACCGACUGCGCCAAGUACCUGAACGGGAAGGGCGUCGCCGCCCGCUACGACGGCACCUACGCCUCCAACAGCGCCGCCAUCGGCAGUUGCGCCGGCCGCUCCACCGGCACCGCCGCCGGCCUCUCCGCCGACGAGCGCACCAACACCCGCCGCUUCAUCGAGGCCCAGCUCGACGCCUUCGAGAAGAAGUCCGGCUGGAUCUUCUGGACCUGGAAGACCGAGGGCGCCCCCGGCUGGGACAUGCGCGAUCUGCUGGCCGAGGGCUUGUUCCCCAGCCCAUUGUCCGAUAGGCAGUAUCCCGGCCAGUGCUCCUGA